GGGAGCGGCGCGGCGGCGGCGGCGGGAGCGGCUCCGGCGCGGGCCGGGGGCUGCGGCGGCGGCGGCGGAGGUGGAGGUUGGGAGCGGAGGUGGGGGCGAGAGGCGGCGGUAGUGGGGGGUUCCCGCUCUGUUGUGGCGCGGGCCGGCGCGGGCAGUAGUGUUUUGAACGCCGGUGGUUGCGGGCGCGUCGAAAGUGGAGUGCCGGGUGUUGGUUACGUAAGCGGAUUUUGGUGGUUGCCUGCAUUUUCCUGGGACCGCGCUGUGAGAUCCGCGCGCGGUGGCAUCGAAACGCACCACUUUGCUAGACAACCACGGUAUGUCUGAAUGCAUUUAAGCCCCUCUCG